UCUCAAACCGGUCAUUUCUUUCAGUACGAAUCCAGCCGCAUUACCGAAAAUGUUGUUCGUCUAUACACUCACGAUUCUUUCCAUCGCCAUAACACUUGUCCUCAAGUUCGUCUACUCGUACUGGGACCGCUAUGGAGUUCAGAACAUAAAACCACACAUUCCGUUCGGGAACCUGAAAACCGUAGUCAAAAAGACGGAAUCGUUCGGAGUUGCCAUCAAUCAGCUGUAUUGGCAAACGAAAGGCCAACUGGUGGGAAUCUACUUGUUCUUCCGACCGGCGAUUCUGAUACGGGAUGCCCACCUGGCGCAACAGAUUAUGACUACGGAUUUCAACCACUUUCACGAUCGUGGAGUCUACUGCAAUGAAGAGGGAGAUCCGUUUUCUGCAAGCUUAUUCUCACUUCCCGGUAAGCGAUGGCGCAAUUUGAGGAAUAAGCUGACCCCUCUGUUCACCGGUGGACAACUGCGCGGAAUGAUGCCCACAAUUUUGGCAGUGGGUGAUAAGCUGCUAAACCUUGAGCCAGUAGCUGAGAAUCGCGAACCGAUAGAAAUUCGUGACAUUGUGUCUCGAUUUGUGCUUGAGAUCAUUGCCACCGUAUUCUUCGGCUUCGAAGCAAACUGCAUCAAAGAUCGUAACGAUGCAUUCUGUAGAGUCUUGCGGGAAGCUCAGCGAGAAAGUAUGUACACAAACUUCCGUGCCGCGGCGGUUUUUGUCUGUCCAGGACUGCUGAAGUAUACAGGAAUUUCUUCCCUCGAACCGGAAGUGAAGGAAUUUGUGUCGGGAAUCGUGACUGAACAAAUCGAGCAUAGAGAGAAGAACGGUGCGACGCGUAAGGAUUUCAUUCAACAGUUGAUCGAACUUCGACGAGAAGAUAGCCAGAACCAAAACGUUAGAAUGAGCAUCGAACAGUGCGCUGCAAAUGUGUUCCUCUUCUACAUAGCUGGAUCGGAAACUUCUACGGGGACCAUUACCUUCACAAUGCAUGAGCUCAGUCAACACCCAGAGGUUAUGAAAAAACUGCAAGCUGAGAUUGAUGAUACUCUAGCCAAGUCUAAUGGUGAAAUCACUUAUGAAAAUGUAAACCAGAUACAGUAUUUGGAUCUUUGCGUGAAAGAAACGUUGCGAAAGUAUCCGGGACUUCCGAUAUUGAACCGUGAGUGUACCUCGGAUUAUAAGGUUCCAGAUUUGGACCUGGUCAUCCGGAAGGGUACUCAGGUCGUGAUCCCUUUGUAUGGAAUCAGUAUGGACGAACAAUACUUCCCGGAACCAGAGUGCUACAAACCGGAACGCUUCGAUGGAGCCUCGAAGAAUUAUGACGAAAAGGCCUAUUAUCCCUUCGGCGAAGGCCCGAGGAAUUGCAUUGCAUUCAGAAUGGGCGUCUUGGUGUCGAAGAUCGGAUUGGUUCUGCUUUCGUCGAAGUUCAACUUUAAGCCCACUCAGGGUCCGAAGAUUGUGUUCAGCCCGGCCGCAGUUCCACUGGUGCCAAAAGGAGGGAUAUCGCUGAUGAUUUCCAGAAGAGAUAAGGUUGCAGAUUUGUAUAUGGGAUUACAUAUAUCUGUAGUCUUAAAAGUUGUAUGUAGUUAACUUUAGAAAUAUGUUAAUUGUAGUAUAUGAAUUUGGAUAAUAAAAUUUGAAACUGUUA